CUCCCCUCUUUUUCUUUCUCAUCCGCGUAGCCCUCAAGGCCGUGCAUGGUCUCGUCUCCGUCCUGACGCCUCGAGUUGUAGCCUAACGACAGCAUCCCGCACAUCGAUCCUCUUCUCAGCCAACAUGUCUGCGACAGUUGAGAAGGCGCCCGGCUCGUCGGGCUCGGGCGGCGAUGGCCCCCCGCUGGGCGAAGAGAAGAAAUCGCCCGUCAUUGAGUCGUUCGAGACUCGCAUCCCCAUCGAGGCUUUCAAUGUCACCGAGAGGGACAUUGAGGAGGCCAAGCUCAUUGCGGGCACCUUCACUCUCGAGGAUACCAAGCGCUUGAUGACAGAAGUCCACUUGCAACAUUCCCGCGACCCCAACUUUCCGAUAGCGGUCAUCCAGAAGAUUGAGGAGUUUCUCGGCAAUGAGGCCGUCUUCGAGCACCCCGAAGACCACGAGUUCUUGAUCCAGGAGAUGAAGAUCGAGGCCGCUCUCAUUACCAACAACUCGCCCUACGCAGAGGUGCGGGCUGUGGUCGACAACCAUGACGACCCAACUACGCCCGUAUCGACCAUCCGCGCCUGGAUCAUCGGUAUCUUCUUCGCUUGCUGCAUCUCGUUCAUCAACUCGUUCUUCGACGUCCGCCUGCCGAGUAUUUAUGUCAUCGCCACGGUUCCCCAGCUUCUGGCCUACCCGGCUGGCAAGUUCCUGGAGCGUGUGCUCCCUGAUGUGGGCUUUACCAUGUUCGGUGUGCGACACAGCCUCAACCCGGGCCCUUUCAACCGCAAGGAGCAUAUGCUGGUCACCAUCAUGUCCAAUGUCGCCAAGAGCACGCCAUAUACGAACUACAUUGUCUGGAUUCAGUACCUCCCGCAGUACUUUGACCAGUCGUGGGCCAUUAGUAUCGGCUACCAGCUUCUGAUUGCUCUUUCGACCAACUUCAUCGGCUAUGGCCUGGCUGGACUGUGCCGCCGCUUCUUGGUGUAUCCCGCCUACUGCGUGUGGCCCGGAUCGCUGGUCACGAUUGCGCUCAACUCGGCCUUUCACGACUCUGCCACGGAGACAGCCGUGACCCCGGGCCCCUUCAGGUCGAUCUGGAAGAUCAGCCGUCUUCGCUACUUUGGCAUCGCCUUUGGCCUCAUGUUCGCCUACUUUUGGUUCCCCAACUACAUCUUCACCGCGCUGAGCUACUUCAGCUGGAUGACGUGGAUCGCACCCACCAACCCGGACCUUGCCACCAUCACGGGCGGACUCUCGGGCCUUGGAUUCAACCCCAUCCCCACGUUUGACUGGAAUAUCCUCACGUUCAACCUCGACCCGCUCAUGGUGCCCUUCUUCUCCACGUUCAACUAUUUCAUGGGCGCGCUCAUUUCGAUGCCCAUCAUCGCUGCAAUCUACUAUAGCAAUGCAUUCAACACUGGCUACCUUCCCAUCAAUUCGAACCGGCCGUUUGAUCACUUUGGCAAUCUAUACAAGGUGAAGUCCAUUAUCAAUGAAGAUGGCAUUUUCGACUCGGAGAAGUACCAAGCCUACUCGCCACCCUUUUUGUCGGCCGCUAACGUGGUCGUGUACAUGUUCUUCUUUGCCAUGUACUCGGCCACGGUGGCAUACGGUGUGCUGUAUCACCGCCGCGAGAUCACCAUGGGACUGCGGGACGCGUGGAACAGCAUCAAGCCAAAGAAGAACCGCAAGGUUGAGAAUGAGCGGAAGACGGACCUCGACGUGCACAACCGCCUGAUGAAGGUAUACAAGGAAGUUCCCGAGUGGUGGUACAUGAUCUGUCUAGCCAUCUCCAUCGCCAUUGGCAUGGUUGGUAUCGCUUGCUGGCCAACCCAUACGACACCGUGGGUUGUCUUGUACGGCAUUGCUUUGUGCUUGGUUUUCAUGGUGCCCAUCGGCAUCAUUGCGGCCAUGACAGGCAUCGAGGUCACUCUCAACGUGCUCGCCGAGUUUAUCGGAGGUGUCUGGGUUGAGGGCAACGCCAUCGCCAUGUGCUUCUUCAAGUCGUACGGCUAUGUAACCUGUGCUCACGCCAUUUCCUUCUCCUCGGAUCUCAAGCUCGCUCACUACCUCAAGAUUCCGCCUCGUUUCACCUUCUUUGCCCAGAUGGUGCCGACACUCACAUCUACCCUGAUCAGCAUCGCUGUGCUGCAGUACCAGGUUCAUAUCGAAGGCAUUUGCACCAAGGACGCGCCGUUCCGCUUCACUUGCCCCGGUCCGAACACCUUCUUCACGGCCGCGGUCUUGUGGGGCACAGUUGGCCCUCGUAAGAUCUGGGGUGUUGGUGGUCAGUACGCGUCAACGCUUGUCGGCUUCCCGCUUGGAAUAGUCAUUGUCGUCUUCUUUUUCUACCUCAACCGCAAGUGGCCGAGAAACUCCAUCCUACGGAACACGCACCCUGUUGUCAUGAUUGCCGGCGCUCUGUCCUGGUCUCCGUACAACUUGAUUUAUCUCUGGCCCGCGGUUCCCGUGUCGGCCUUUUCGUGGUUGUACCUAAAGAAGCGCUUCCUCCCAUUUUGGUCAAAGUACAACUAUGUCACGUCUGCGGCCUUUUCCUGCGCUAUUGCUAUUUCGGGCAUCGUGAUUUUCUUUGCGCUCCAGCUUUCGGAGAUCGAGUUGGACUGGUGGGGCAAUAAUGUUCUCAACGACGGCUGCGACGCCGAAGGCGGUUGCGUGCGUCUCACUCUCGCUGAUGAUGACUACUUUGGUCCCAGAAUUGGCGAGUUUAGUUGAGAGGCGAGCGCCAGACUGCCUGGUUGCGCCGUUCGGUGAGGAUUGCGGGAGUUUAUUAGGCGAGAUGAGGGUACAUUUCUUCAGGCGUACAUUUCUUCGGGCGUAGGUAAUCAUUGUAUUUCUGGACAGC